AUGGCGUCUGCAUUCGCCGCCAAGAAACAACGCGUGCAGCAGCAGCUCGCGCAGCCUGCAGCCGACUACAGCGACGCGUCGCCCAAGGGCUCCAUCGACGAGGGCAUCCGCACCCUCAUCGACGACAUUAAUGCCAUUGCCGGGCUGGUGACGACGUCGAGCUGCGCCGGCCGCAUCAGCGCCUUCCUCGAGGGCAGGAAGCGGGCGGCGGCGGCUGAGGGCGGCGAGCCGCGCGAAGCGCCCGCAGAGACGAGCAUCGCCGGCGCAGGAGGAAAAGGCGGUGGACAGUGGCUGUUCGUGUCCCAUGAGCCGGUUCCAAUGCCCGCAGCAGAUGCAGCUGGAGCGGGCCAGCACUUUACGGCCCUGUUCGGCCUCGACACUGCCGGCGGCCUCGCGCGCGCUGAGCACCACGCGGGCCAGCGACACGUCCAUCUCAAGUUCGAGGCCAUGAUAUUGCACCUGCUGACCGCUUCGCUCGCGGAUGCCCAAAGAGUCCUGUCGGCCGCGCUGCAGGCAGGCUUCAGGGAGAGUGGCGCGGUCGGCCUGCACCCCAACACUGACGGCUCCAUCACCCCAAUGGUUGCCGUCCGCUCCAUCGGCCUUACAUUUGACUCCGUCAUCGCCUGCGAAGACGCUGCCGGUCGCAUGGUGCCCGUCGUCGACGAGCAGUACCUGCAAUCGCUGGUCGAGCUGGCCAACGAGCGCUUCUCGGUCAACACUGAGCGCAUCGCGAGAUUCCGCGCCCAGCUGCUUGCCCAGUUCCAGAAGGCCGGCGAGGGCAAGAAGGGCCAUGCUGGCUGGGAGGACGCUGCAACCAGACGCGAGCGAAAGCGGGCCGAGGGGCUCGAGAAUCAGCGGCAGAAGGCGCAGGCCAUCGCGCAGAGCCCCUCGACACACGGCGACAUUGCUCUCGACAGCAUCUUCGGCUGA